AUGUGUGGAGUGCAGAAGCCAUUGCAUUACAUUGCUCAUGUUUUUGCAAACCCAGAAGACUGUGCAAGCUUUGGCAAGGGAGAGAAUGCCAAGAAGUAUAUGCGAACAGAUGACAGCGUGGAGCGUGUGCGAAGAGCCCACCUGAACGACCUGGAGAACAUCGUCCCGUUUCUGGGCAUCGGCCUCCUCUACUCGCUGAGCGGCCCCGACCUCUCCACGGCCCUCCUGCACUUCCGAGUGUUCGUGGGCGCGCGCGUCUACCACACCCUUGCCUACCUGACUCCCCUCCCGCAGCCCAAUCGGGCCCUGGCUUUCUUCGUUGGCUACGGCGUGACUCUGUCCAUGGCUUACAGGGUGCUGAGGAGCAAGCUCUACCUGUAAGAGCCCGCACAGUGAAUGGUCUCUCAGGUUUCGGGGAGGAGCGGAGCUGGGGAAGACCCAUUUCAAAGAUGAUCACAUUAGUUUCUUCUGUUGUUUGUAUCGGGACUAGAAAUUUAACAAAAUCAUCCUUAUAGUUUUGUUUUUUUUAUCUGAUUCUUAAAAAGGUUCUGUUGUAAGUCCUGAUCGUUACAGUGUUUAACAUUCAUCAACAUGUCAUACUGUGGCUCUACAGAAAAGGGAUGGCGUGUAUUAGAGACCUGUCUCUCAAUAGUACAUAUAAUAAAAUUACAAAAGAAGAA